AUAUAAUUAGGUCAACAAGAUGGCGACUGCAAUGUAUUUGGAACAUUACUUGGACAGCCUGGAAUCUUUGCCAGGUGAACUCCAAAGAAACUUUAGUCUAAUGAGAGAUUUAGAUCAAAAGGCACAAGAUUUAAUGAAAGAAAUAGACGAUAAAGCUGAAGGUUAUUUGUCAACAGUAAGAAAUAUGUCUCCAGAUAAAAGGUCGGACUUUCUCAGUGCAAUACAGAAACUUUUUAGCAAAAGCCGGGAGUUUGGCGAUGAUAAAGUUCAGUUAGCUAUGCAGACAUACGAAAUGGUGGACAGAUAUAUACAGAAAUAUGAUCGAGAUAUCGCCAGGAUGGAGGCGGAUUUAAAGGACUAUACAUCCAGCUGUUCUGAUGAUGAUAAAGAAAAUAGUGGGAAAAAUAUUAAAGACAAAGACAAAAAGAAGAGAAAAUCUAUGAAAGAUGAGUUUGAGGAUGAAAUACCAAAGAAGAAAAAGAAAAAAGGACAAGGGCAACCGAAUGACACAGCGCCACCACCAAUGAUAUCUCCGUUGUUGUCAUUGACGAUGAACAAUCCAUCAGAUGUAUUAGAUAUGCCCGUAGAUCCUAAUGAACCCACAUACUGUUUAUGUCAUCAAGUAUCGUAUGGUGAAAUGAUUGGCUGUGAUAAUCUGGAUUGUCCAAUUGAAUGGUUCCAUUUUGGUUGCGUAGGAUUAACAGCAAAGCCUAAAGGAAAAUGGUACUGUCCACGAUGUACAGAGGAAAGAAAGAAAAAAUGAUAAUCUUAUUUAUUGUGAUUUUAAACUUUUAUGAUGUGUUUAGUGAAUAGGGCUGUCCAAGGAGAUAAAAUUACAAGUAUUUUCAUGCACAGUCCUGGAAAUUAGAUUUAAAAAGAUAAAAAAGGCAUGAUAAGGGUACCAGUCUAAAACAAGGGCGUUUGAUUGGUUUAUUUACAGAAUGGAUUUGAAAUGGACCAAUCGUAGGGUUUCUGUACCAGAAAUGUUUCCUAUUUUCUGUAGGUUCAAUAUUCAGCUUUCACAUAAAGCUUUAAUAAGUUAUAUUAUUUGCAGCAAUAGUUGAGUUUUAUAACUGAAAUCAUUAACAAAGGAUUAUUGUUUUAUUGAAAAACUGAAUUUGAAAUAGUGCAUUAUAUUGUUACAAAAAGUAUUAUGUUUGCCCAAAUUUUUUUUUCUUCAAUGUUUUUUUUUUUUUUAUUACAAUAUGCUUACCAAACAUGGACUAAUUUUUAAUCAUAACUUAUACACAAAUUGAGUAUGAUUAUGUACUAGUGUUUAUAUUUAUUGCAUGGCAAUACAGUUUUAGAGGUUGUAAGUAAUCAUUUUUGCAAGCGCUUAUUUGUGUCUUGACAUUGGAUAAGUUGAUAUAUAUUUAGAAGAUUUUAUUGCAUGAUGAUAUAAGUUAUGGAAGGAGGGUAGUGGAAUAGGAGAAAUUUAGAAAAGUAAAGUUUUAAGUGAAAAAUUAUAUAUUUUGCAUAGGGCAGAGUUUUGCAUGUAUAAUUGCUUAAAUUUUCACAAUAAGGACCUGUGUAAAUCAUCUUUGAUGUUUAAAGUUUAAACUUUUGACCAAUUUGGCUAGUUGGUCAGAUGGCAACUUAUAAAGUACAAAAUUAAUUCACUACUGGCAUGCGAGCAGUUCCCGUACAAAAAUCAUAGUUACUUAAACAUUAUUUUUUAUUACGCUCACUCACCAAAAUUUGAAUUUUACACAUCAAUAUUCGGCUCGUCACACAAAUCAUGGAAAUUCCAUCAUGUUCUAAACAUAGAAUAACCCUUACUUAUGAGGCCUCAUAUAGGGUACCGAAAUUAUCCAUUAUUUUGUAUGAAGAGAAGUAGUUCCCGUACAUAAAAUCUAACCCAUUAUAAUUAUACAAUUUUAUUAUAUCGGACCUAUUUUUCAUAAAAUAAGAUAAAUAGAUGUUAUUCAGGAAAUAGAGCGUAGACUAAACGCGGGUAUCUAUUACCCGGUACCGUUACCCCAACGCAUGAUAUUUUACGCAUCAAAGCCAUAAAAUUAUUUUAUAUAGUAAUAUUGGUCAAAAUUCUGAUAUUUAAACAAGUUUUCAUCACAUUGCCUACUUAUCUGUAAACAGGUGGUAUUAGUGGAAAACCCUUUAACAAGCCUCAAGUGUAAGUAUUUUUGCGCAUGCGCGCAAGGACAG